UAGGGCCCGAGCGAUAUCCACAAUAAAGAACAGUCAAAUAAAUGCCAUCGUCUGACUCUGCGGAUCCCCCUACACCAGUCUGCUGCCGUGGCACAUCAUGGGUUAAGUCGCCCUUGUGCUUGGGCCAAUGACUGUACACAGAAGCCCCUGAGGAGCAGGCUCCCAGUCAGGGCUCCGCCCACCAGACUUGCUUAAAAGGGAGUGCGAGUCAGCCUGCCUGCCUGUGUAACCAUGAGCGGCAAUGCAUUGGCCUCCAAGAGCCUUGGAGAGGCACCAGAGGAGAGGCGCUUUCUCAGCACCUCGGAGGCGACCGCCCUGGAGCGGGAGCUGCUGGAUGAGUACCGCUUCGGGUGGCAGCAGCUGGUGGAACUAUACGGGCACGCCAGUGCGGUGGCUGUGACCAAGGCCUUCCCCUUGUCCUUGCUGUCGCGCAAGCAGAGGACCGUGCUGGUCGUGUGCGGCCCCGAGCAGAACGGCGCUGUGGGGCUGGCGUGUGCGCGGCACCUGCGGGUGUUC